AUGGAAUAUGCAACUCUCGAGUCGCGUCUUGCGACCUUUGAACCGCCAUCAAAACGAUCAAAGCUCGGAUGGCCGCAUAAGACACCAACGCCGGAAGAACUCGCGCGAGCGGGCUUCUACUACAAACCCUCCAGCGCCAGCAAUGAUAACACCAUCUGCUACCUUUGCGAAAGACAGCUGGACGGAUGGGAGCCAGACGAUGAUCCAAUUGGAGAGCAUUAUAAACAUUCAAGCGACUGUGGCUGGGCGAUAUUGAUGAGCGCGGGACAAGAUGCCAAACACGACGUCGGCACAAUGGAAGAUCCCACGGGACAGCUGUUUGCAGACGCUCGCCGAGCCACCUUCGCCGUCGGAUGGCCGCACGAGUCAAAAAGAGGUUGGCGAUGUAAGAUUGAGAAAAUGGUGGAAGCCGGCUGGCAUUAUGCGCCUCUACCGGACAGCGAAGAUUAUGUGUCCUGCGCGUUUUGCAAACUCUCUCUUGAUGGCUGGGAGCCAAAAGACGACCCUUUCGAAGAGCAUCAUCGGCGAUCCCCAAGCUGUCCAUUUUUCCAUUUUGCAGGGACCACCGCGCCAGCCAAGCGCCCCAAAGCCAAGAAAGGUCGCACAUCAAGAGCGUCGCGUUCUUCAAAGGCCUCGACCCGUUUAUCGACACAGUCGAACACGCAGGAUUUGACCGUGCUGUCAGAAGCUCCCAGUGCUGUUAACGAUCUAAUACCAGAUCUUGAUGAGUCGAUAGAUACGAGUACUAUGUCGGCGAUGUCGGUUAUGUCAACAGCAUCUACUGCCACAACCAGAAGCAAGCGAAAGGCUGCUGGGCCCCGACCGAAAGCGACAAAGUCGAAAAGAGCGAAGACCACCAAGUCGACAAAACCAAAGAAGGAAGAGCCUCAGUCAGAACCCGAGCCGAUAAAUGAAGCAGAGAUUCCAGCAGAAGUUGAGCCCGAGCAAGUUUCAACCCAGGUUGAUGGUGUGGAUAUCGAGCCAGCAGUUCAGUCUCACGAACAACAACAUCUUCCGAGUCCAGCGCCCACUCCUCCCGCAGAGGUCGCAUAUCCAUCAUUAGACGAAAACAACACUCCCCCACGGAUAUCCAAUGAGCCUCGUCAUCUGAGUCCUCUCGGCCCACCCCCUCAAGCAUCACCUACGCCUGUGAGGACACGGCCAUCCACAUCCGCCGUAAGAACAACAACGCCGAAGCCCAUCACCGGCAGAAUCAAAUCCGCUCGUUCUGCAACACCAACCCAAAAAGCCAACAAUAACUCUUCCCCUUCUCCCUCCCUCUCAACCUCAGACAUUGAAAAUGCCCCGCCCUCUACGCGUCCUGCGUCCGAACGUCCCCCCGUGCCUCCUCCUAGCUCAUUCUCUCCUACCCGUCAAACUCAACUCGCUUCAUCCCCCAACGCGGGCGCUGCAGAAAUGCCGAAAUGGUCGCCCGCCGACAUAGAAUUGAUUUUCACUCCCCCAUCUCCCCAGAAGGCGGAGGAUGCAGGAAUACUCCUCAGCCUGAUGACGGGUUCCUCGCAGCUCUCCACGAAUGAAAAGGCCAUGACGGUGCAGGAAUGGAUUGAAUACAUCGCUAAGCAGACGGAGGAAGGGUUGAGAGCCGAGGCGGAACGCGUGGUGGGCGUUUUUGAACGCGAGGGAGAGAGGGCCAUGAGGGCUCUCGAGGGCAUUGUUUGUGCUUGA